AGGUGGCAGCAUGUGCUGCAGUCUUGCUGUCAGGAAGUCAUCAAAGUUGAUCACUAGAUCGCCUUCAAUGGAUCUUCCAACCAUUCCACAGACGAACCCGGGGGAAGAGAUCUUCCAUUUUAGCCAUCCACAACAUCCUUUAGUUCAAGUCAGCUACCCAUACCUCUUUACAUGCAUGGGCUGCAAAGAAUAUGGUGCAGGAAAGAGGUUUAGGUGCCAAAUAUGUGGGUUUGAUCUGCAUGACUUCUGUGCACUUGCUCCUCCCUCUCUGCAGAACCAUCCUCUCCACCACAAACACCAGCUAGUUUUUUACUCAAAACCAGGCGGGUUUCUUCGCUCGAAAUGUGACAUAUGCAACAAAUCUGCCAAAGGAUUUGCCUUUCGUUGCAGCUCGUGCAGUUUUGAGAUGCAUCCUUGUUGUGCUACGAUGUCUCGCGAAAUGAAGUUCUUGACCCACCAACAUCCCUUGACUCUUUCAUCACCUAUGGCAAUUAUGGGUGGUGAUUCAAGCUUGGUCUGUGAGGUGUGCCAAAGGAAAAGGUCUGGCCAUGUUUAUUGUUGCAUGGCUUGUGGUUAUUUUCUUCAUGCUGUCUGUGCAAAAGAUUUGAUUAAUGGGCUUCAUGUCCAUGGCAUUAGGCCGCCUGAAAAAUCUAACAUGCUCGGGGCGGCAGCUAAGGUUGCAUCUCAAGCCCUAUUUGGAAUUAUUGGAGGACUGAUCGAAGGAAUUGGAGAAGGCAUUGGGGAAGCACUCAUGGAUAACUUUGGGAAUAGUAGAAGCAGAGGUAUCAGAAAUAGAGAUUGGCAGAAAUGUUAGACAAUUGGAGAAAG